CAUUGGAUGGUGUGUAAAAAUGAAAGUGGACAAAUACUCUGGGACGGAGGGAGUAUAAAAUUUCGAAAAUUUAUUAAAUUUUUGAAAUUUAAUAUAUUAUUUUUUUAAAUAUCCAAAAAAAAUAUAUUAAAAUGUCGAGAGAGUCCGGUAGAAGGUCCUUGGAUAUGGGCGCCGUGAACCGAAGUUUGAGGAAAGGCAAAGCUAAAGCCACCUCCGACGGUUCGACCUCACGCGGUUUUCGAGAAAGACACUCCGUCUCUUCCUUUCCUACUAUCCCCGAUCAAUUCAUCGGCGACGCUUUGACGGAUCAAGAAUUCGACCAGUACAUUUCUGGUAGAGGCGACGCGAAUCUUCCCACUCUUGAUAGUUUAUUCGAGGAUAUUGAUGAAGCAGAACUGGACAAUCUGGAAGGAGACGAGGAGCCUAUACCGCACAUUAACGACGUCGACGAGGAGGCAGGUGAGCCCGAGACCUCUCAAGGUCCGGGCAAAGGAGUUUCCGGUGGUUAUGGUGGUCCGGAAAAACACCUAAAGUCGAGGCAUCCCGUGGAGUACACCAAAUACGCGGCGAAAAAGAAGGGACGACAAGAAGUGCAAACCCAAAUUUCUCGGUUUGCUAACAGGGGAAUAUCAAGGGUUAUACGGUACUGUACCAGAAGAAACAACACCUCCUCUGUCCCCCAAAUCAAAAAAGGUUUUAAAGGAAUAAUCGAUGGGUUUCUUGCAAAGAAAGGGAAGCGUGCUCAGCCUUCGACGAGUUCAAGUGGUACAACAAUAAGCUCGCACAACGAACUUGCUAUGUACCAAGGGGUGCCAUGCAAUUACAACGACGACGACGUGGAGUUUGACGUCCUCGGAUGGUGGAAGCGGAACGAACACAUGUUCCCAUGUCUCGGAAUGCUAGCAAGACAAGUGUUGUCCGUCUCGGUAUCAACUGUAGCAGUGGAACGAGAAUUCAGUGCUGGCGGCAACAUUCUAACCGACUAUCGAAGUUGUCUUAACGCUGAAUCUCUUGAAACACUUGUUUGCAACCAAGAUUGGCUCUUGGCAAGACGUCGAGCUCAAGAGUCCGGGUACGAAUUCAAUUCGGAGCAUUACAUGAAUGCAACCACAGAUGGAAGUCCGAGUUAUGAGGAAUAAGUUAUAAACUUUUUUUAUGUUAAUGUAGAUAUGUAAUAAUGUAAAUAUGUAAUUAGUUUUUUUAGGUGAGCGAUAUAUAAGCUUCUUCGAGGGUUUCUUUACGGUUCUUUACCUCGUCGCUUUUUUUAAACCGUCAGGAUAUUAAAUGUAGUUGUUUUUC